UUUUACAAGUACAUUACAGAUAAACCCAAACUCUGUGCAACCACGAACAGAAGUUGCUAUGCUGGUUUCACUUUCAAGGAAAUAGCAACUUGAGGGAGUAGCGACUCUCACACUAACACAGAUCAUAUACCUAGUGACCGCACACUAAGGCAGGAUGAUGAGGAUGUCAGGAAGAGUCAUGAGUUGCUGUGCAGCUCUGUUCCUUGCAUUGGCAUCUGUGUCAGCUGUAGAAAGACUCAAUUCAAUUAAUGAUUUGAAGAAAAUCAACUUCGGUCAAUCUGUGCCCAAACACACUCUUCUACUUCUCCACUGGUUUGCCAACGUAGUUGAUAUCGACAGCAACAACAUUGUACGGUUGACCUUUGACCCAAACGAUGACGAUUUUGGAUCGCAUCAUUAUGGCAACUUUGAGAGGAUGCUGGAGCAGACGCCUUAUGGUUACAAGUACUACACUGUUGGCAAUCUCCUUCUAGACGAACGUGAACAACUUCCAGAUUAUGUCGUCCAUCCCCGGGCAGAGUAUGCGGGAAGAAACUGGGACCGGAUCAUAUUCAGAGUCAGGCUGCAGAGCACAGGAUGGCAAACUUUGCAACAGAUGGAUCGAGUGUACAUCACACAGCAUUAUGGGAUCCCUGGAAAUACGACAUAUGAUCCUGAACAUACCUAUGAGAUCACGACAAACCUCUUGAGACAGAUCCGAGAGUUUUCAGUGGGAGCAAACUCACUGAUGAUUCUCAGAAAUCGCUAUGGAAGUAACGCUAGUGAUUUCCAGUUAUCAGAAAUCAGAAACAUAUGGGGGAACCUUGCUUGUCUUGGACUGCUGUUGUUUAUUGUGAUCCAGGAAAGGUACAACUUUAUCCAACAAUGUGCCAUCCUUCAGAAUGAGACGAAAAGGAAAGAGGAAAGAGGAGGAAACAAGGUUGUGACACAACCUUAUAUUCCUCAUUGUAACAUCCAAGAACCCAGACAAAAUCAGGAGAACGGUGACACAUGGUUUUUUCUCAUGUUAGUGGUUGUAUUUAUAUAUGUCUUUGCCAUUCUUCGCAGUGCUUUUUAGAGGUAGGGGAAGAUGACAAGAUAUGAGAAAGAUGUAGUCCAAACCAAACGUUUUUCUGUUUACUGUUUAUUUAUUUAUUUAGUAUUAUAUUUAACUUCACAAAAGGAAAAAAAAAGACGAAACAUACAAUACAUUACUUUUAAGUUGAUUGACCUGGAUAAGGGUUAAUUCUAAAAGCUGGUGUAUGCUUUGUUUUCAUGUUUAUUUAAAUAGGUACUACAUUAUUUUCUUAACACUGUUCUGGUAAAUAUUGAGAUAGAGGUUGUGUUCAUGGACCAAAUACUGAAAAAUCACAGAGUCUUCAGGGUGUCACUGCAGGUCAGCCCUAAUUUAGGCUAAAGUAUCUGAUCAGUACAUGAUCUUCACAAAGUGUCGACAUCAGUUAAAGACAGUGAUGUUAUAUUAGUUCAGAUUAAAACAUGCAUAUUAAAAUUUAAUUUGCAAGAAUCUUACUUGCCUUGGAAAAUUACAGAACAAAAGAUUAAGGAUAUAUUUUACAUUUAUUAGACCAAGAAGUGUGGUCCAAGGGUUCUACUUACAAAAAAUAAACCACACCUAGUUAAUUACAGCACAAACUCUUCUUUAAAAUAACUAUUUUUAUACAUAGUAAGGCACUAUACUGGUCUUAACGCUUCAGGCUUAAUUCAUAUUCAAUGUCAUGCUCCAGCACGUCUAAUCCAGUAGUGGUGACUCACUGUUCUUUCAUAUGUGUUUCCUAGAGAUGAAGAGAAAGUAAAUAGCUCUGAUGCAUAGAUGAGACCCACAAGUGAAAGGAUCGAUGGCGUGCUAAGCAUAGCUCACAUUGAUAAUGUAUUAGCAUAAACAAAAUAAUAGAUGUAUAUUUUACAUAUGGUUUUGUAUUCUUGCUAUAAUAUUGUAAAUGGGGUGUUCAUUGAAUACACACUGCUGUUUGUUUGGUGUGUAAAUAAAAAGUUUAAAAGACAA